UCUAGGUCUUAUCGGGUUCACAAGAAGCGCAAACAAUGCCUUCCUGACUGUGGAACUAUCAACACUACUUGGAGAAUCAAAGUUUUCGUCGUCCUUGCAGCGUACCAAGAAGCCUUCGAGAGGAUGGGGCACUUCCUUGCACGCAAACCAUUGGCGGCUCUUCUGAUUUCGCUCGUUAUUAUGGUUGGUUGCUGCCUGGGAUUCAUUCGCCUGAAUUUCGAGCAGCCCAACAUUGAACUUUUUACUGUCACCGACAGCCAAUCUAGAAAAGACUCGCAUGAUUCUGCGCAAUUUUUUCCAAUUCUUGAGGCACGCCAAGAACAAGUCAUCAUGAUACCCAAGGACGGCGAAAGUAUUCUGAGUGAAGAAUGUUUGAGAGACGUCGUUAUGGUCCACAGAGCUAUUGAGAACAUCAGUGGUUACGAUGAUAUAUGUUUAAAGCAGCAAUUACCAAAUGUCGCCGAAGAAAGUAAGGAAAAAAAUUGCAUGAUAAGCAGUCCUCUUGAGUUAGCUGGAACUAAUUUUCAAAAUCUGAAAAAUCUCUCCUCUAUUCUGGCUCGCGAGUCGGUAAAGCCUACUACUGUUCUUUCCUCUGGCCAAACAUUCAAACAUUCCUAUCGUCAAAUGCUGGCCAAUUUCCACCUACAGCGGAACAGAGAUCGAUUAACUGCUCAUGCUGACGCUCUUCAGGCUAUUUACUUCAUAAGAAAGACAACCAGUCCAGAAGAGUACCAAAAAAUAGAGGAUUUUGAAGUAACGUUUAGCAAUCUCCUCAUAUCAGUCAGUCCUCGCUUGAAAUGUGCAGAACUUUCCUACAAGACUGGGAGAGCAACAACCAAGGCCUUGCAAGACGUCCUCAAACCAGAGCUAUGGCCUCUUUGUGUUACAGUUUUUGCGAUGGUUGUCCUUGCAUUCAUUGUAAUACACUUUUCUUCUGCCAAUGCCGUUUGUUUAAGGACGGUCCUCCUGUUGUUCUCAUGCUUUGUGUUACCAUUAACGUGUUCUGCAGGUUUUGUCUCGAUGACGAACUUCGCCUUUACCUCAACUUCCCUGUUCAUACCAUUCUUUUUGUUGGGGAAAGUAAUUACAGACGUGGUACUUUUCCUCGUUGAAUGGGAAAGGCAUCAAAUGGUGCCAUCACUUGAACAUCGUGUUGGCAAUUGCUUGGCUAGAACAGGGGUCCUCGCCACCGCAACUGCGCUUUGUGGGUCAAUUCUUUGUGGAGUAGCAGUGAAAUCAUCGUUCAGGGGAAUUUCCCAUUUUUUCUUUGCAACACUUGCCGCUCAUCUAACUUUUUCUGCUUCUACUUUGACAAUCACAGUCAUUGUGUUGCUGUAUUUUGAAAGGAAGCUUAAGACCAUUAAUACUCCUUGUGCGGCAACAUGUGAAAGAAGGUUGUCGAGCGUUGAAGCUGGUAGCUUUGAACUAAGACACUCACUUUACCAUAAAACAAAACUGCAACGGAUUCUGAAAACGUUAGCUCGUAAAAUAACAUCAACUGGCGGCAAAAUUAUCUCCCUUGGUAUCUUUGUCCUACUCAUUAUUUUGUGUGUUUUGUCUGCAUUUCAAACUGGAGAGAGAGCACGUACCAUAGACUCAUACUACCAGAAUGAAAACUUCAAGCAAUUCGAUAAGGCACGACAAAUUUUCUUUAGCAACGAAACUGAUGUAAGCAUCGUUUUCUCCGAGGACAUUGACUACCCACGAAAAAGUGUGCAAAAUCAAGUAGUAUCACUGUGUGAAAAACUGCAAGAGGCCUCUUACAGUAAAGGAAGGUCGUUAUGUUGGACGGAAGACUUCCGACAAUGGGUUAAACAUCAAAACAUUAAUUGUUCGUACUCAGAAUUCUACCGGUGCCUUGAGAUUUUCCUGAACAAUUCCCAAAGUUUGCCGUUUAGACAAGACUUGCUACUAAAAGAUUCUAUAUCCCUUGCCAAAAUAUCGGCGUCUCGAAUUCAUCUCAGAAUGACACUUAAAAACCGAUUUCAAGACGAUAGAAAAUCCCUGAGGAAACUGAGAGGCGAUUUACAAGAAUAUUCUUUCCUAAAAGCUAUUCCAGUCUCCGAAAAGUUUUUCGCUGUUGACGACCUCGUCAAGUUAGAAGAAGAAACAAUCUCCAUAGUCCUCGCAGUUGGCACAGUGGUGGUGUUUACAGUUUCUCUAUUUGCGACGUGUCAUCUAGGUGUUAGUACAAUCCUGACUUUAGCAUUCGACGUCCUUGUACUGGAAGCAGCUGCAGUUAUGAGCACGUUUGGAAUUUAUCUCGAUCCUGUGUCUUUCAUUUCUCUUUACUUGACGAUUAUCCUUUCUUUGAAUUCUAGUAUUGAAGUGGGUUAUUCGUACGUACUCUCAGCUAAGAAGGGUAUACAAGAUCGCAUGAUCGACGGUCUACGCUCUGUUGGAGUAUCCGUGAUAGCAGGCACAAUUUCAUCCAUAUUAGCAUCUAUCUCCUUAGGAUUUAUAUUUCCCAGUCUGUCAGAUAUUUUCUUUCUACUACUUCCUCUGGUCUUCGCUCUAGGGUCAGUCCAUGCUCUGAUUGUCGUUCCCACGUUCCUUGCAUUGUUUGAGGAGUUAGUUCACUAUUUUAAUUCUAAGGAUAGCGAGGAGUUAGUGGAACAUUACCUGGAAGCAUAUGACUCAAUGUUACUUGAGGCACGGAAUGGUGACAUAACAAAGCUCAAGGCUAAACGUCCCCAGAUCUCUAUCAUUGGCAUCAGUUGUAGAUUCCCCGGCGCCAACUGUAAGGACCUUUUUUGGGUUUUGCUAGAGGAAGGAAAGAGUUCCAUCCGUCCGUUUCCCGAUAAUCGAACACAGGAGCAUAAAGCGUUUUUUGAGCUCUACAAUCCUAAGCGCUUCGUUAAUGGACGCCUUUGUGCCAUCAAUGGUUCCUACUUGGAAGAAAUACAAACUUUUGACAACAGGUUCUUCGGUAUCUCCAAUCAAGAGGCACGCGCGAUGGACCCCCAGCAAAGAAUACUCCUUCAAGUAGUCUACGAGGCAAUCGAAGAUGCAGGAAUGCGGCUUGAGGAUUUACAAAAGUGUAGAACAGGUGUUUUUGUUGGUGUGAUGAACCUUGAGUACGGCGCCCUCACAACAGACCGGUCUAAUUACAGCAACAUUAAUCAGUAUUCUUCAACGGGGAUAACGGCGUCUAUUCUUGCCAACAGAGUGUCAUUUUGCCUAAAUCUAACAGGACCAAGUAUUGCUGUGGAUACAGCCUGUUCUUCAUCGCUAACUGCCCUUAAACUAGCCUGUGACAAUCUCCAUCACGAUGAUUGCGAUAUAGCCAUCGUUUGUGCACCCAAUGUCGUCCUCGAUCAUUCCAUGCAGAUGGUAACUAGUAUGGCCGGACUUCUCGCGCCAGACGGCCGUUGCAAAAGUUUUGAUGCUUCUGGGGACGGUUAUGGACGCGGGGAGGGCUUCGCAGCCGUUGUGCUAAAGUUGACAAAAGAUGCUCUAAGUGACAAAGACGAUGUUUAUUGCGAGAUCGUUGCAUGUGGAAUGAACAACGACGGUCAAAAUGCCGUGCCGAUCACUGCUCCAAGUGCCAAGAUGCAAGCUGAGUUAUCAAGAAGAGUACUUGAGCAGUCAGGAGUGACCGCAGAAGACGUGGAUUACUUCGAGGCACAUGGGACUGGUACUGCAAUUGGUGAUGUGGUGGAAGUCAACUCUAUAGCAGAUACUUACUCUAACCUGGGCGCAACUUCUUCACGAAAAUUGAGGAUUGGAUCUGUGAAAUCUAAUCUCAAUCACACGGAAUCUACUUCUGGACUUGCUGGGCUUAUUAAGACCGCUCUGAUGAUAAGAAACAAGACGUUUGUACCAACUAUCAACGUCAAGGUGUUGAAUCCCAAACUAAAGCUAGAAGAAAAAGGACUUAUAUUGCAACAAAUUCGAGAGGCUUGGAACACAGAAAAUGGCAAGCCGCGAAUAGCAGCCGUAAACUCAUUCGGCUAUGGUGGGUCAAAUGUGCAUGCCAUUCUUCGUGAAGCUACACAGACGCCAAGUUUUGGAGGUGAAAACUAUAUACGCAAGAACAAUGUCCUCGCCAUUACAGCCCGUUCUCUAGAAGGUCUUAAGAAGAUGUCAGAGCUUUACUCCGCGUGGAUUAAAAACAAGGGUGAUGAAACGGACGAACACUUUGCGCAAGACUUGUGCUAUUCCUUAAACGAACGUCGAAGCCAAUAUCCGCAUCGCCUAGCUCUUGCCUUUGGAACCGCUCUCGAAGCAUCCAAGUCAUUGGAAGCUUUUGCUGUUAACUCCGUUGGUUGGGAAAAGUUGGCUUCUUAUGCCGAGGUGACUUCGAGUGUUAGAAAAGUCGUUUUCAUGUUUGGGGGUCAAGGGUCACAAUGGUAUGCCAUGGGAAGGCAGUUAAUGGAAUUUGAAACUGUUUUCAGAGAGGCUAUUUUGACAGUCAGCAGCUUUCUUAAAUAUUUGGGAGAAACAUGGUCACUCGAGGACGAAUUGAUGGCACCAGAAGACGUUUCACGAAUAACAGAAAGCUACAUUGCCCAGCCAGCCACUUUUGCUGUUCAGUACGCAACUGCACAGCUCCUUAAGUCCUGGAAAAUCCAUCCUUCUGCUGUUAUUGGUCACAGCUUAGGAGAGUUUGCAGCUGCCUGUGUUGCUGGCAUCAUUACUGUCAAGGAAGCAGUUCAGCUGGUAUUAACUCGCGCCAAUCUUCAAGAUAGAUGCCCGAACAAUGGAGGUAUGGCUGCCCUGGGCAUCUCAGAAUUAAAGGCCAGGGAGUUACUUUUUGAUCUAAGGUUAAGCGCCACCCUCGACAUAGCAGCGGUCAAUGAUGCAAAAAGUGUCACAGUUGCUGGUGAUUCGCAAUCCAUCGAGGCACUUGGGCAACAUCUAUCGUUGAAUGCAAAAGAUGUUUUCUGGCGCGUUCUUGGAACGAAUCGUGCAUUUCACAGCUCACACAUGGAGCCGAUCAAAAAACCAUUUCAGGAAGCCAUGAAAAGUGUGAAAUUUAACCCUCAGUUAUCAAAAAUUCCGAUGUACUCUACGGUUAAAGGUGAAGUUGUCUCGGGUCAGCAAUUAAACAGCAAUUACUGGUGGCAAAAUAUACGCUGUCCUGUUCGAUUCUAUUCAGCGAUGAAACACCUACUACGGGAUGGUUACAAACAGAUAAUUGAGAUCAGUACGCAGCCAAUUCUUGCCCAUUAUGUGAAACAGAUAGCUGUUCAGGAAGAUCUGACGGAAGAAGAAAGGCCUGUUGUCAUUGCAACUCUUCCUCGUAAGAGAGUGCCCAUCGAGGACCAGCACAGAUACUUUAUUCAGAACACGGUGUGCAAAUUGUAUACAAUGGGAUUUCCUGUUGACUGGACUUCUUUGCAGGGGAGCCAAUCAGCGAGGUUCAUCCGGCUACCAAAAUCUCCAUGGGUGGAAAGCAGCUUUUGGUACAGGGAACACCCACCACAAGCGAUAGUACACCCAAUUGACUCUAAAGAAACCAUUAAGAAGCCAACACAUCCUUAUCUAGCACAAGUCAAAAUGACCGACUUAUAUUCAGGCCUACACUGCUGGGAAACUGAGAUUGAUCUUUUCAACUUUCCAUCCCUGAAGGAUCACGCUCUAAGCGAGGGGGGUGCUGUGAUGCCUGGAGCUGCUUACUUGGAGAUGGCCUUUGCAAUGGUAAAGGACAAAUUCGUUCAUACCUCUGGCCUGGAACUAAGUGAUGUGAAGCUUUCAAGUCUUCUCACUCUUCCCGAAACACAGGUAAUAAUUAUGUGUGCAAAUUAAUUAGAGGCAAGCUAAGGAGCUAAGUCGACUUUAUCUGACCUUUUCGUCCUUUGCACUUUAGGUUAGAUCCUUACGUCUUCGCUUUUUAAGGACCGAAAUAAUUGAUAACGCUCAGUUCCAGAUCACGAGCUUACAGGAAGACCAGUCUGAAAUUAUGUUAAGUGGUGGAAACAUCUCUGUAGAUCUCUUGCACACAAGAGGAAACUUCGAGGAAGAAGGUACUAUAACAUUUAACGCUUGCAAGAUUCUCGAUUCGUUAUAUAUCGAUUUAUCUAUCCAUUUGUUUAAAAAUUUAAAACAUUUAUCGCUUAAAAUUUGAUAAAAAAUGUUCAAGUUAAUGACGCAUUUUUCUUGGAAAAGAUGCUGUGACAGUAACGAUUCUAAGAGACAACAACUCUUACAUAGAAGUUAAAAAAAAUACAUCCCUCCAUUAUUCUUACAGCCUGCAAUCAAGUUGGACCAGCUGUUAAUGACCUGAUCAGAAAUAUGACAGAGAUGCCGAUUGAACGAUUCAGAGAAAUAACACAAAAGUACGGCUUUCAGUACGGUGGUGCUUACUCCAUCAUUAAACAGACCUGGUACCGUGAUAACGAGGGACUUUGCUUGAUCGAUAUCCGUGAAUCACUCAUGGUUCAAUCAGAAAUUGAAAAUUAUGUGGUUCACCCUUCCAUUUUAGACGCUUGUCUUCAAUCCUGCUUCAUUCCUCUUGGAUCUUCAUCUAUUGACGAGAAGUCUGUUGUACCGGUGGGAUUUGAAGGUAUCACUUUGAAUGACCCUCCAAAUACCAAUCAACUUUAUUGUCACGUUAUUGGGGAUGUCAAAGAGUUCGGAAAAUUCGACGUCACGCUUACCAGUCCAUCUGGAAAGAUUCUACUGACCAUGAGGGAAUUCCGUGUUGCAGAAUUAAAUAGCACACCACGACGAUAUCCCUCUGAUGACCUUGUCUAUGAAGUGCAGUGGAUUGAAGAUAAGUUACAGACACAAAGAGAAAUUUCGCCAAACUUGACCUGUCUUCUUCUAAGGGACAGCUCUCCUUUAUCAGACACCUUAAUCGGAAAACUUCGCGCCGCAAAAGUCAACGUAAUCACAGUUGAUCCACCCAAUGCUCUAUCUUUUGACACCAAAACGGAAGACGUAAUCAGUUCAGCAUUAACUGGUGUACCCUCGGGCAAUUUAUCCGUCCUCAAAGUCGUCAACAUGUGGCCAGUAGAGACAAAUCUUCUACCAAACAAAUUUGAUGUUAUUGAAAAAGCACAAAACCUCGCCUUCAGCAGCUCAGUCUUCUUGAUCCAACAGCUCGUAAGCAAGGGAUUGCUUGAUUCUCGACUGCUACUCGUCUCUGAAAGUACACAGUUCCUAAAUACCACAACUAAGUCUCAUGUCAAUUCCAUUCCUUGGGCGUCUACUAUCUGGGGACUUCGACGAACAGCGAAACUCGAAGAAUUUGAUCUGGGUAUCACAACCAUUGAUCUUGGCAACAAGAAUGACAUUACUGAGGUGGAUUUGUUGCUUUCAGAAAUACUUGGCGAUAGCAUUGAAGAGGAGGUCGCCUUUCGAGAUGGAAAGCGGUUCAUAAAUCAUGUUGUGAGAUCAAACAUAUCCAUAGAGCAACCCACACCACACAGUAAUGAAAGCGACUGGGGUUCUUUGUACUUAUCGUCCAUCCCCGGUACAAGGAAAGUCUGCCUUCGCCAGAAGAGCUUUUCAAAACCAUCGCCCUCCGAGGUCACAAUAGAACUGCUUUAUUGCUGGACACCUUCGGAAUCAAUUCUUGAUGUAUCCAAACCAAAUGCCUGUGUUUUCACCGUUGGAGAGGUCACUCACCUAUCAGGAGAGACCGCAAAUAAUCAGAUGCAAAUAGGAGACGUUGUGUGCGGCGUUACAGCCUCUGGGCGCGUUUCUCGUUCCCUUCCCAUACAAGUCACCAACACGUUUGUGAAGCCAGCCAUUUUGACACAGCAACAAGCAACAUACAUCCCUGCCUGCCUAGCCAUAGCUUUGCAUGCACUAAAACGCACAGCAACAAAGAAAGAAAAUAUGAGAUUACUUAUACAUCAAGCUCACCGUGGCCCUGGACCUGCAGCGGUUGCCCUUGCGAAAGCAAUGGGUCACAAAGUAUUUUGCACUGUGUCUGACACUUGUCAAUCCGUAACAAAAUCUAUCCUCCUAGAGCUGGGAGCUGAGAAUGUUACAAAUCAGAGCCUAGCCAAAUUUGAAGAUGAUUCCAGAAACGCCUUUGAUGCAGUUUUGUUUUUCUACCCACCCCCUCCGAACGCUCUCCAAAAAAGCAGUCGAAAUCUCAAACGCGGAGGAAAAGUUGUUAUCUUGGGAGCCGAAUUUGAUGGAGACGUCGUCUUUCCUGCGAAGAAAAAUGUUAUGUAUGUGAGAGAAAGCAUUUCAGACAUCCUCCUAACACCACAAACUUAUCAACAGCUCAGUUUAGAGAGUCUAGAGCUGCUAAAAGGUGGACCACUCCUGGAAAAGCUACAAGAAAUCAAAUUGGUAUCGAUGGACAUACCGACGGCCAUUGAAGCUACAAACGAUUUCACUGUAAACAACCCACCAUCGAAAACUUCCAUGAGAGUAUUUCAAAGUAUUUCUUUUCUGAUUCACUCAUUUGCUCCAUCUAAAGAAUGCAGUGAUCGUCAAAAGAUCCCCGUUCUUCCACGCGGUCUAGACGAGUGUGGUCUGAAAGAAAACAAAACGUAUUUGGUGGCAGGGGGGAUCAGAGGAUACGGAUUUGAAGUGGCGCGUUGGAUGGCCGAGAAUGGAGCAAAGUCUAUUGGACUGAUUGGUCGUUCCAAGCCCUCAGAUCCCGAGUAUCAAGAAGUACGAGGUAUUGAGACCAAGACAGGCGCAAAGUUUCAUAUUUUCCAGGUAAUUUGUGGCAUGUUUGUCAUAGUAAAUUUUCACUUGGUGCAACAUUUUUACGAUUACAUUUCCCUUAUAAGAAAUGCUAUAUACGUUCACGUUGUGUGAUGUCCAGAAAGUAAAGCACAUUUUAUUUCAUGGAUUUCACAGUUUUCUUUUUUUUGCUAUAGAUUGACAUAUCCAGCCAAGAGCAAAUGCAGUCAUUAAAAGAGCAGCUAGACUCUCUUCCAAGUGUGGCUGGAAUAGUACAUACUGCCAUGGUUCUCAGAGAUGAAUAUAUCAAAGAUUGGUCAUUUAGAAGUUUCACAGAUGUCAUGGAUCCUAAGAUUAAAGGUGCGUGUCACGCCUGCUAUCAUACUUUAUUAUCCUUAAACCAUUUCUUUCGACCCAAGAAUAUAUUUAUUAACACCUUACAACAGGUCUGACACCUCAAGUAAUACUACUUUACCUUCUUUUCUGUGUUUGUUUUCUAUUUCACCUUUAGUAAAUAUAUGAAACGAACGUAAUUAAAAGGCAAGUGCACCAAACCCUCACAAUCAAACCCGUUUAACGUAAGUGAAUCAAUCUAGACGAGAAUCCGAAAUUAGCGUGUCUGUAGAAAUGCAAAUUAAAGACAAUUAAACAACAUUAUCACUUUCGAGUUUGUAAAGUUACUUAAAUUCAUUUGUUUGAAUUUUUGCUGUGUAGAAAUAUCAUCAGGGUAACACUGUUCAUGUCAUAGCCAAGCUAUGAAUUAAAUCAAGAUCAUCAGUGUGAUACGUUUUCUUUAGGUUCCUACUUGCUACACCAAAUGAGCUUGAAGAUGGAUCUUGAUUUCUUCGUUAUGUUCUCAUCCAUGGCAUCCAUCGUAGGAAACAUGGGUCAAUCAUCAUACUCCGCCUGCAAUGCCUUCCAAGAUUCUCUUGCCCAGUAUCGAAGACGAGUGCUCAGUCUACCCGGACUUUCGAUAAACUGGGGACCAAUAAGUGGAGCUGGCGUGAUGGAACGGCAGAGUGCUCUUACAAAAUUGAUGGUAGUAGGCGGACUGGGCUUCAUAAAUGCCAAAGAUGGUAAAAUGUUAUUUCAGUAACAUGCUCAAAUUUUAAUAUGCUAGAAACAGAACAAAAUGAGCCUAGAAUAGUCAAAACAAAUGAAAAUGAGCACGACUACGUGUAAUGUGUGUGAGGGGAUAUUUAAGCUCACUGAUCUUCAUGCUGGAGGGUGAGCCGAUAAGAACAAAUCAGCUUCUUUGCAAGCUUUGGUAGGCAAGGGGUUUACUCCUGGCGACAGUAAUUUGAUACCGACAGGAAAGGACUUACCAUCAGUAGAUAACUUUAUUUACCGAGCGAUUCACCGGAAUUUUUCUUCCGCGAAAUCUUGCCUUUUCCUCUAUUAUACUAUUUACAGUAGCACCAGAGCAAUUUUGUUCAUCUUGUAGUUCUCGUGACCAAUUUUGAUUAAUUUUGCAGGAGUCAAACUUAUGGCCAAGGUCUUAACCGAGGAGCCGAGUCGCCCGCAGAUCUCGUUAUUUGGUGUGGACUGGCCUCGAUUCAUCAAAAGUAAUACCGGACUACAGAAGACUCCCCGACUCGCAAUGAUUAAUACAGAAACCAGUGAUUCUGAUAGCCAAACUAACACAGCAGAGUCUUUACUACAAAAAAAUCGCUUAGAGAAGGAUCCCGAAAAGAAAAGGGAACUUAUUCUUGAGUAUGUUCGCAUGUCAGUUGCGGAAUUGACAGGCAGUUCAUCGUCUUCAGAGACGGAUCUAAACAAAAGCUUGUAUAGCUUCGGUAUUGACUCAACUGCAGCUUUGACUUUGAAAAUGCUGCUUGAAUCGAACUUGCAGGUAUCUUUUGAGGUGGGUAUUUCAUAAGAUGGAUUUUAAAAAAAACUGGAUUCUAAUUUCCUCCUAUGAUAGCUCUAAGAGAGUCGCGUAAGUCCGCAUACGUAAUUUCUUAUCCUUACAUUCACAGUGAAUGAAAACGCUCCCAAUUUUCCUGAAAGCUUCUUAUUUUGAAAAGUUCUUUGACAAACUUGCACAUGAGUUUCUUCCUUUCAAAGGCUACUUUAAUCAUCAUGUAUGGAAAAUAGUUUUGGUCUAUUAAAGCAGCUUACUGCAGUGAAUUCAAUUCGAUCUUUUAUGCAGAUAAAUCUACCCGUGUAUGUUAAACUUGAAACAAUUAAAACAUUUUGUUUCAGGUGUUCUACUUUAUGCAGCCCGACACUACCACACUAAAAAUGGCCAAUGAUAUCUAUGACAGGCUUCGUGGAAAAUCAGUCAGCCCACAGAAUAGCGAGAGCCAAGGAAAUGAACCCGACCAAACUCAGUCAACGGAGGAUAUAAAUGCUUCAGUCGUACCCUCCAAGAAUGAGGUCCAAGUUUUACCCCUUUACACUCCUGAGGGAUCAGCAAUAAAGUUCUUCUGUGUGCACCCUUCACAUCGCUACGCGUUGAAUUUGGUUCCCAUUUCUACCGGAUUUCAAGGACAGGUACAUACCUGAGAAGUAAUGACAUUUUUUAGCCCUUUUUUAGCGGUCAGUGAUGCGAUAAUCAUUUGGAUAUUAUUUAUGAUCAAUCGUCUUACAUUAAUUUGGAUCUAUGGCUAAGGAAUAUUCUGCUGUCUUUGUUACAGUUUCAUGGUAACCUACAUCUCAUGGCGGAGAUGGUGGAGUAACGAUACGCACUCGAGGUCGCUUUCCGUCCCAAAUUUUAAGAGAUUUUACAAUUUUUGCCCCGUGGAGGUUCCUCCUUUGGUCCCCCCGAAUAUAUCACUAAGGGGUGUUAGGCUGGUUGCACUUCCGCCUAACCUCAAAAAAUGAAUGUUUACUUCAUAAUUUUCGAAAAUCUCAUCGUGUGACUCGCAUUUUUUCAUUUAUCAUACAUUAUUAGGACUUAGUAUCCUUUUAUGCUCUGGGCUUCACUGACCCUACGGUCAUUAGUGAGGACUGGGGUGGAGUGCGUGAGCUUGCCGCUCACUACGUUCAGCUAAUCGUGAAAGAACAGCGCCAUGGACCCUAUUUUCUCGGGGGAUAUUCCUAUGGAGGACUUUUGGCGUACGAAAUGGCUUCCCUACUGACCGAACAGGAUCACAGGGUGGAGUUCGUUGCUAUGAUUGACACCUUUCCUUGGUCACCCCGUUCACGGACCAUAACCACCAGGUUAUUUUCCAUGAAGAAAGACGGAUGGUUGCCAUCGCAACAUGUUCAGGUUUGUUCGACGAGUCAAAAUUAUUCAUAUUCAAUAUAUAUCAUCGAAUUAUUGUCAUUAGAAUAAGUAAAAAUUUCGCAUUUUAAAUGAAAAUCUCGAAAUACAAAUAAGUCAUUUUGGAGAUUUUUUCCCCUUAUGUGUUGUACACAUAUUUUAUUACGUAUACCUCAUCGCGUGAUUUUUGAGGUGAUUUUUCCAAUAACUUUGGCUCGUGAGGACACUUCUUUAUGAAUCAUAGUUUUAAUGCAUGGGUUUAACCUAGUGGAAAUCAUUGGAUCAUUGAUUUACGAACCCAAAAGGGGAGGUAAAGGAGAAAGAAUAUCUCCUUUGCUUUUAGAGAUCUGUCCUGAUUGACUUGAUAACUAACCGUUCUAAUUGGUCUACAGCUGUUUUGUAGCUUUACAUUUGAUCCAUGACGAGUAUUUUACUUCCAUUAGAAAAUUAACAGAUUUUUUUUAUCUCUAUUCAGCUCCAAUUCGAAAGCUAUUUGGAAAAGCUUGCAGUAGACUCCUUAAAGAUGUCCGUUGACGAAUAUCGACAAAUGAGAGAGACACACAGUCAAGACUGGAUCGUUGAUGAGUUACAGAAAAGAAGUCUUACUAAAGGUCUUACUACCUACGAUUUAAGGACUCUAAGAGACGCUCUUCUGAGGAAUCAAACUAUUGCCAAUAGGACGCACCAAGAAUGGCAGCCUGCAGAGGUAAGGAAUAACGAAUAUCCUUACAGUAAGGAAGUAGGUUGUCAAAAUUUAAUUUGCAUAACGAGAAGAGUAUCAAGCCAUUGGACAUCAUAAAUUUAUUAGAAACAUGAUUAUGAUUGGAGAAUAACUUUAAUUGCAUUUUUGCAUUCCUUAUAUUCAAUAGGUUCGCUAUCGAGGUCCCCUCACUUUCCUCAAAUGCCAGAACAGCAGAUUUUUGCCCCGUAAUCCCACGUCACACGGCAUCGAGGAAGUCUGGAGCCAGUUGGUAGAUGGAGGUACCACAGUACUCGUUUGUCCUGGUGAUCAUUAUUCCUUAAGUGAGUUACCACAAGCCCAAGUAACAGGGGGUAUCCUAGCAACAGCCCUGGCCUUCACCUACCGCAUGUUGUUCCCAGAAUUCCCUACACCUCCAAGAACGUUCAACCAAAGACGCGCCGUGGGGAAACUUUCCGGUGGUGUAGGCGUAUUCCUCCACUCAAAGAAAGGUGAUUUGAAAAACGCCUGUACUUUUAUUGAAGAAGCAUAGUUUCUUUUUCUUCUCUCAAAUACAAUCAUUGUCUAAAGGCACGCUGGAUUUUCGUUGGUUCCAUUACUCUUCUAGAAAAUCAUUCUGAAAACUGUAGAGACUUUGUCACUCGCCUUUUCCCAUUGUUUACCCUGAGUUAUCACUGACUCCAUGCAAAUUUCCCCUCUUUUCAUCGCCAUUAUGACCUCCAUGGUUUAGGUUUUGAAGGAUUGAAAACGCUAGAGAUCUGCCGCAAUCUAGCUUUUUAGAAGAUGGAUAGAAGUAUUCUGUCUGAAUCUAAUGCUUAACACCUUUCUGUUGUAUUAGGCAACAAAAUGCCGCAUUACGGAGACCUAUUUUUUCAUGAAGAUUCCCACAAACUUGAGUUGAGAUCAAAAUCUGGCGAAGGAGAAACAAUUCAAAGCGAGAAAACAAAAAAGAUCAUUGAUCUGAAAGGUAACUAUACUUUUUACUCUGCUCAACUUUAUAGAUCUUUUUGUCUGUAAAGAAUUUAUUUGCUUGAGCCAGUUCCCCAAAAAGGGAUCAAGCUAUGAACUCCAAUUCCUUAUACAGGUCUUAUCCCUCCAAAGUCAAGCUUGGGAUCUGGACGUCUAGGUCUCCCGGGAAGAUUUCCACUUUUAUCUCGUACUUUGCCUCAAUGAAUUGAUGAAUUUAGGUCAUCCUGGGGUAGUUGAUUUGAAAAUGGAAUAAUCACCAUAGAAAUAAGUUCAUGUGGAAGUUAAAGUCCUUCAGCUUGAUCCUCUAUUUCCUGUUUUCCAAAUACUUUCAAGUGCUUUUAAUAAGGUACUUGACAUUUACCGAUCCACUUGGCCCUCAUUCUGUUGCCCUUCACCCAAAGAAGCAAAGAGUACCUUUGUUCUCUAAGAGAAAUUUGAAAGAAACUGCAGGGGAUGGUUGUGAUACCCCCUGAGGUCGAUGCUUUUAGGGUAUUCACGUAUGCAGUAUGCGUCUGCUUUGUAAAACAAACAUUUACUUUCGCAACUCAAUUGCAAGCAUUUCUUGUCAGGCAAAUAUAAAGAAUCAUGGGAUACAUAUAUACAUUUUUUUAUAUUCUUAAAUUCAUGAGCGCACCAAACAUAUCUUAAAAUGAAAAUCAACGUUUUCAGAGCUUAGCAUGGUGCAGCCAGGAAGGCUCGUCUCCAGUGCAUUGAAGUAUACCUGGCGAAAACGAAGAGUUGGAGGUUAUGAAAGUGGAAACCUUGGGCAUAUUGCUUCGAUUGCGACAAGUCACCGCGUUUACAACUUCGAAUUUUGUGAUUGUUCUGAUUUGAAAGCGUUUUAUAACAUGGUAGAAGCUGUGUUUGCUCUGAAGUUAUUGACCAUCUAG